AUGCCUCAGCAGCGUUGGCGCAGAACCUGGAUCGUUGAUAACGAGCUCUGGGAUGACGAUAUUGAAAAUGCCCCAUUACAGAGCAGGGGAUGGGUAUUCCAGGAACGGUUUCUAUCUCCCAGGAUCCUACACUUUGCUGAGAGACAAAUCGCAUGGGAGUGCAGUGAGAUCAGCGCCCUUGAGAUGUUUCUAAAGCGAGUGCCUCCAGGACUAUUGAAAGCAUCAAGAAUGGACGUUAUUGAUAACCUCUUCUCAACGGAAGCCAUAACGGAUGACAACCUUAUUGACUUCCGGCGAACAUGGGACGAUACUGUUCACAAAUAUACUAAGACGGUUCUCACAUUCAGCAACGAUAAGCUGAUUGCUUUUGCUGGUAUAGCCAAAGCAAUUGAGGGUCUACGGAAUGACACUUAUUAUGCCGGCCUUUGGAAGAGUGCGUUCAUUUAUCAACUCGCUUGGACUAGGACCAGGUAUGAUGCAGCCCAGCAACCGCUUGAGCUUUCAUCAGGCCGAGCUCCUAGCUGGUCCUGGUUGUCGGUGGAUGGCGAAAUACUGCUUCCACAAGUCCAGAAGCCGCGCAAGCACUUUGCCAGUGUUGUGGAACUCCCUGACACGAAUUGUACUGGAAGCUCAGCAAUAACAGCCAGUGGAUCCGUACUACUCCGAGGGGGUUUAUUGCCUAUUGACUCAAUAGAGUGGGACGAUGAUAAUUUGUCAGAAUUCAACAUCAACGGUCUCACAUUGAAGGACGGCUGGACUUUUAAUGGCACCCAUCUAGAUGUAGAGGGCACCAAGGACCAGAUUCUUCAGCUGGAAAAGUCUGGGAUUGCUCUCAUUCCUCUAUUUGCAACAGAUGAACACAUGCAGUGUAUUGCUGUAACUGGUAUCACUGUCCCGGGCAGCAUGUCAGUGGUGUUUCGUCGCGUUGGCGCAUGCCAAAUUGAGUAUCGAAAGCUCCAUGUCUCUAAUCAAGGCAUCCAAGAAGGGUGGAUAGAGGAUCAUUCAACACUCUUCGUCCCGGGUGAACCUAGUCAUAACUUAUUACACCCUGUUGCGCGUUCUGUUGUUAGACUGGCUGAGCUUACGAUUACUUUAGAUUCGAGACUUUUAAGGCUUAUUUAG